AGGAUGGGUAUUAUUAUCCUGAGCUUCCCACCCAGCUAUAAAAACUACAUCGCUGCUCUAGAGUAGAUCCACCUCCUCUCUCUCUCUCUCUUUCUCUCUCUCUCUCUCCUCCUUCCUGUCAGCGUCCACACAAACCUCUCCGUCUGUCCGCGUGUGCCGUUGUUUGGGGCUUGUAGUUGGAUGCUCAGCUGUGUUUUUUGUGAAUGGAGCGGAGACGCUCGGGCAGACGGGAUGGACAGACGUCUUUGCGUCCCUCAGAGACAGAGAUGAGACAGGCUCGGAUCUGAAACGACACUUAGACCUGGAAUAAAUCACUCGUACAGUAACACACACCUGAGGAUCUGGACGGAUUCCUCAGAGAGGAUGGCGCACACAGACGAGGACCUGAUUGGAAUCCCCUUCCCGAACCACAGCAAUGACAUCCUGUGCAGUCUUAACGAGCAGCGGCGGGACGGCCUGUUUUGCGACGUCAUCCUAGUGGUCCGGGACCAGGAGUACCGCACCCAUCGCUCCGUCCUGGCCGCCUGCAGCCAGUACUUCAAAAAACUCUUCACGGUGGCCACCGGCUCCAACCAGGAGUCCAACACGCACACCAUCUACGAGCUGGACUUCGUGGCGCCGGAAUCGCUGACGGCCAUUCUGGAGUUCGCGUACACAUCGACGCUGACGGUCACAGCAUCCAACGUCAAGGAGAUCCUGAGCGCCGCCAGGCUCCUGGAAAUCCCCUGCAUUAUAAACGUGUGUCUGGAAAUCAUGGACACGGGAGGAGGUGGAGGAGACGGCCCUCCGGAAGGAGAGGAAUUUGAGGGGGAUGACGAGGAAGACGAGGAUGAAGAGGAUGAGGAGGAAAUGGAGGAGGAGGUCGACUCCAAAGAUGGAGAAUUUGAGGACAAUAAUAGCGAGAAAUCCACACAAGGAGCUGAAAACCAAGAGGAACUCAAAGUCUGGGAGAAUGGGAGGACGGAUAGCCCACCUUGUAGCUCCCAACAAGGAGCGCCGAACCCGGAUGGCCAAGAAUCCCAAAGACGCCAAUCAGACACUCCGGAAGCCCAGAAACCCAGAGGGCCAGAGGGAUUAGAGGGCCGGGCACUGAAGGACUUCUCGAUAGAGUCUUUACUUCAAGAGGGACUCUAUCCGAAAAUGCCAGGCCUGGAAAGAGGCACCGGAUUCUCGCCCCUUCUCCCAGGCUUCUAUCCUCCCAUGUGGGCAGCAGAAUUCCCAGGCUACCCUCAGAUUCUGGAGCCCCGACACCCUCCCCACCCUUUCCCCAAUGCUUCGCUAGAAAACGGCCCUUUGGACCUUGCGGUCAAGAAAGAAGUCAUCAAAGAAGAGCUGAAGGAUGAGCCUACAAACCCUAUCCUGCACAGAGACUUCCUCAAAGACUUCAUGAGUCCAGGGUUGGGAAUAACCUCUGACCCCGGCCUCGCUCCGAUCAAAGAGGGAGCAGAGCUGCGGUCCUACCUGAGUUUUCUUUCCGCCUCCCAUCUCGGGACGCUGUUUCCUCCGUGGCAGCUGGAGGAGGAGAGGAAGAUGAAGCCCAAGGCGUCCGGUUCACAGCAGUGCCCCAUCUGCAACAAGGUGAUUCAAGGAGCGGGAAAGCUGCCACGGCACAUGCGAACACACACCGGAGAGAAGCCCUACAUGUGCACCAUCUGCGAGGUCCGCUUCACCAGGCAAGACAAACUUAAGAUUCACAUGCGCAAGCACACCGGUGAGAGGCCAUACAUCUGCCUGCACUGCAAUGCUAAGUUCGUUCACAACUACGACCUGAAGAACCACUUGCGCAUCCACACCGGCGUGCGGCCGUACCAAUGCGAGCACUGCUACAAGAGCUUCACGCGCUCCGACCACCUUCACCGGCACAUCAAGCGGCAGAGCUGCCGCAUCUCACGCCCGCGACGGGGCCGAAAACCCUCCGCCUGGAGGUCCACCAACUUCCUCUUCCCUCCAGAUCCCAACGCCCUGCAAGCAGACAGGACCGUGCGGAUUCCCGCCGCCGGUGGCGCCCCCUUGCUGGCAAAACAGCAGCCUACGGGAGGAAAAACGCUGGAGGAUGUCGACGGUGACAGCCGAGAAAUGGACAGGAAGCUCAUCUCAGAGGAUGUGAACAGAAAGCGGGGCGUGUUUGCUUUCGCAGUGGCGACGGAGGACGUUCUGCAACACCCGCCUUUCUAUUCGGCGACCUCUGACCCCUGGGCCGUGAGACUGGAACGAGCGCCACCCAUUCCCGAGGCCGCAAAGUGACUUUUGUUAAUUCCUUAAAAACAGCUGCUCGCUUCGGACGCCACAAAGUCUUUACGAACCGGGUUCAGACUCUUUAAUGUUAAAUGAGAAUUACUUUUUGUUUGUUACAUAAGUCAGCUUCCAUAUGGGAUGACAGGGAUUUUAAAUACUUUUUAAAUGACAAAAUUUUUAAAA